AUGGACACUUCUCUUCCAACGUUCGGACGACGAGUUUCACCUGCUCAAGGUCGAGGUCGUGCUUCUACACUUCCAACGCUGUCGACCCGUUCACGAAUACCAUCACCAUUUAUUGGCGGUGGCGGUGGUGGCGGUAAACCAAAUUUGCAACCUGCGAUAAUGCAGCAACAACAAUUUGAAGCAGCGACAGCACAAGAAGAGGAAGAAGAGGAACUUCAGAUAAAUCCAUCUCCAAACAGGCGUAAUUUAAACGCGUAUGGAGUUCCAUCAAGACACUCAUCACGUGGUAACUCUUACUCUUUACCAGCAAGACACAAUGUACCUAGCAAUUUAAAUGAUAAAAUCAGAGUAUGUGUUCGCAAACGACCACUUAGUAAGAAGGAGCUUGCUAGAAAUGAAAAAGACAUUGCCAUUAUCAAUGGUCAGAGAACUGUUCACAUCAAUGAACCGAACGGACAAACAGGGAGUGGUAAAACUUUCACUAUGCUUGACGAUAAACAUGGUCUUUAUGUCUUAGCGUCCCGAGAUAUUUUUACAUUAUUACAGCAGCCAGAAUUUAAUCAUUUAGCAGCAUACAUAGGAUUUUAUGAGAUUUAUCAAGGACAUCUAUACGAUCUGUUGAAUCAGCGAAAGAAAUUAUUCGCGCGAGAAGAUGGAAAGAAAAAUGUUAUAAUUUCAGGAUUACAAGAAUAUGCAAUUGAUAAUGUUGAUAGUUUAAUGCAAGUCUUUGAUUAUGGAAAUACUGUUAGAAGCACUGGUAGCACUGGAGCAAAUGAAGAUUCAUCUCGAUCACAUGCAAUCCUACAAAUAGUAUUGAAACAUAAAAAGAACAGAAAGAAGUUUCAUGGUAAACUCAGUUUCAUCGACUUAGCUGGAAGUGAACGAGGUGCAGAUAGAGGAGACGCUGAUAAGCAAACAAGGCAUGCGAUAUGUGCCGAAAUCAACAAAAGUUUGUUGGCUUUAAAGGAAUGUAUUCGAGCUCUGGAUCAAGUCAAAAGACAUACCCCCUUCCGUCAGAGUAAAUUAACACAAGUAUUAAAAGAUUCCUUUGUUGGAAAUUCAAGAACCUGUAUGAUUGCAACAGUAUCACCAAAUAUUUCUAAUAGCGAGCACACUUUAAACACAUUAAGAUACGCUGAUAGAGUGAAAGAACUCAAAUCAGAACGAGAUCGUGCUGAACGUGUUGCUGCAGGCCUCGAGUUGGCUGCUAAUGAACUACAUGGAUUAACUGAUGAACAGAGACAAGAAUAUUAUAGUCAGGCACAAGCAAAAUUAGAAGCGGAAGAAGGAUAUGAAGGUUAUGAGGGUUAUGAGGAAGGAUAUGAGGGUUAUGAUUAUGAAGAAGAGGAUCCUGCAUUUGACGAUGAAGAAGAAUCUGACUUCUUAGAAGAGGAAUUUCCAAGUGAUGAAGAUAAUGAUCUUUUUGGCGAAGAAAUGCCCUCGGAUGGCAUCGUUGAUGAAGAUUUUAUUCAUGAUCAUCGUAGUGCAUCCGCGAAUUCUUUUGAUAAGACAACAGAUAUUUUGUCAAAACUAAAUGUUAAUGAUACGCCGAACUCUCAUAGAACAACCUCAACUAUUACCUCUUAUCUUAAUUCUCCUUCCUCAUAUGUACAAAGUUCACCGGAUUAUAAUAAUUCUCCAAAUUCUAUUCAAUUACCAACAGCAUCUGAAAAUGCAUCAUCACAAGGUGGUAUUACUCACGCGGAUAUGGAAGACUUCCUUAAACGUCAUCGUCAUGAACUUAGAGAAGUAAGUGAAGCUGGUAAACAAGAGACAAAAUUAUUGGCCAACUUUACUUUAGGCAUGAACUCAAAUAAUGAUAUAGGUGCGGCUCAUGAUCUUACUGUUGACGCUUUUGAAAAGUAUCUUGAUGAAUUAGAUACACUAUUGGAAGCUAAGGAACAAAACAUUUCUGAACUAAGACGCAAGAUCAAUCAACUUUGGCGCCGAUAA